GCCGACUCCAGCAAGGCAACCGGGAAGCGCCUCGAGACCGACCCCCGUCUACGAAGCCCUUGCCGUCGCCGUAUGGAGCGUGCAGUGGCUCGUGGUGGGACGUCUACGUAAGCUGUGCCUUGCUUGUCAGUAUUUGCAUUGUGGAUUCCGGCCUGGUCAUCACCUUGAACGCCAGGGAAGACGCGAGGAUCGCGGGAAGCCGAGUAAUGGAUGCCCCUAUGGAAAGUGUCGUGGCCAGCGCGGACAAUGAUCAUGCAAGUGCGGCCAUUACAGAAAACUUGAGUCAUCGGCCGCAUCGUUUGUAUGUUUUCGCAAUGGCGAUUGUGAUGGGACUCAUUGCUGUGCAAAUCGUGUGCUGGAUGCUUGAGAAGCUGGGCUUCGGCAAGCAAGGAAUCAAGGCCAAUAGUGUGGCAGCCAAUUGGCAAGCUUCGAUGCAGGGCGUAGUUCCCAGCCAAAGCCUCUUCGCCAGAUUACAGAGAUGCGGAGUAAGGGGACUUCCCGGCUAUGCCAAAUUUUUUAUUGGCUACUAUACCUUCUUCUUCUUCUUCAUUUCCUCGGUGUGACAUCUCCUGCACCACUCGCACGAAAUUCAAGCGACAGCGAGCGUAGCUCCGCCUGCGCAAAUUCUCUGCUCCAGGCUGAGUUUUAACUGAAAUAAAGAA